CCCUCGGCAACCAGCCAGGUCCGAGAGCUAUAUACAGCAGAAACAUGUCGUCCCUGCCCAAGACCAUGAAGGCAGUUGUCAUCGAGAAGACUGGUGGAACAGACGUUCUCCAGUACAAGACCGACGUGCCUGUCCCUGAGCCAAAGGGCGACGAGGUCCUCAUCAAGAACGAGUACAUUGGCAUCAACUACAUUGACACCUACUUCCGCUCCGGAGUCUACAGCCCCCCUUCGUUCCCCUACAUCCUCGGUCGCGAAGGCUCCGGCACCAUCGCAGCAGUCGGUCCCAACGCGCCUUCUGACCUGACAAUUGGAGCUCGCGUAGCCUACAUGGGCCAGAGCGCAUAUGCCGAGUACACCGCCACAACCUCUCACUUCGUCGUCACCAUUCCGGACUCGAUCAGCACCAAGAUCGGCGCUGCCGCUCCUCUCCAAGCGAUGACUGCUCUCACCCUGAUUCGUGAAGCUUAUGCUGUGCAGAAAGGUGACUGGGUCCUCGUGACUGCUGCCGCCGGUGGUGUCGGUUUGUGGCUGUGCCAGCUGCUCAAGGCUGUUGGUGCACGCACGAUUGCUACUGCGUCGACGCCCGAGAAGAGGGAGUUGGCGAAGCAGAAUGGUGCCGAAGUCCUGCUUGAGUACCAUGCUGACGACCAGGAUGUUUUUGUCAAGAAGGUGCUUGAGAUCACGGGUGGCGAGGGUGUGCACGCUGUGUUUGACUCGGUGGGUAAGGAUACGUUUGACAGCAGUCUUGCGGUCGUGAGGAGGAAGGGCACCAUGGUCAGCUUUGGAAAUGCGUCGGGUCCGGUUACUGGGUUUGCGCUGGCACGUCUGUCGGCGAAGAACGUCAAGUUGCUGCGCACUACGCUGUUCAACUACAUCGCUGACCGCGAGGAGUUCCAGCAGUACGCUAAGGAGCUGUGGGGUUUCAUUGAGAAGGACGGUCUGAACGUCAAGAUCCACGACAUCUACCCGCUGGAGGACAUCAAGCGCGCGACUGAGGAUAUCGAGGGGAGGAAGACGACCGGUAAACUGCUGUUGAAGCCGUAGUCCAUCUCGAUUGCAGACCAUGUACAACCCGCUAUCCAUAAUCUUCAUGCCAAGCAGUAUCUUACAAACGUCGCUUUAUAACCGCCUGGGUGAGGUGAAGGCCACUAUUGGCACUGUCAACAAACAUC